AUGCCAGUCUCGAAGGAGACGCUACAAGCGCAAGGCGUUUCGAACGCGAGCGAGCUGGUGCUGGAGCUGCGGAAGAGCCUCUACGGGCUCAAGCAGGCAGGCCGGCUGUGGAGCCAGCUGCUGCACUCGAAGCUCUCUACUGCCGGUUUCACGCGGUGUGAGAGAGACAUGUGUUUCUACUGGAAGCGCGACGGCGACGACCUCGUCGUGGUCGGCGUGUAUGUCGACGAUCUUCUAGCGACAGGGACGAGCGCGGCGGCGGUCGAGUGGUUCUUUGCAAGCCUCGCGUCGUUGUCGAUCAAGGACCUAGGGCGUGUCAGCAAGUUCCUGGGAAUGCGCGUGACGCACAACGGUCAGAAUGGGUACACGCUCGAUCAGGAGGAGGACAUAAGAGACCUCCUACGCUACAACGGACUUGCUGACGCCAACUCGACGUGGACGCCGAUCGACGGCAGCUGCUACGAGUUGGAGGAGGGCGACGCAAAGCUUCUUGGGACGCCAAGCGCGCAAUUAGGACCGACUGUGCGCCAGUUUCAGUCGCUGGUCGGCUCGGUGCUCUGGGUGGUGCGUUGCACGCGCCCUGACGUAGCGUUUGCGGUGUACAAGGUCACAAGACGAGCCCACGCGCCUCGACUAGCAGAUUGGAAGUUGGCUAAACGGAUCACGCGAUACCUCAAGGGUUCGGCGGUGCUCUAG